AUACGUGCAUUAACCUUGUCUUUUUUUAUCAUAGUACUUCAUUCGUGCUUUUCCUCGUACAUUCCACCAAUGUUCACAACAAUGGUCGUGCCGGUUACGUUUUAGGUUAAAUCACUCGCAUGAUCUCCUAUAGUUUAUAAACUUUGUAAUAGAGAGAAAAUGGACAAUAAAAUAACGAUAUGUGAUCCCGAUGAAGAAGAAAUAGAUAAUGAUAUAUUACAUGAUAUCGAACCAGCUAUGUGGAUCAAUGACGAUCCGAAUUACGAUUUGGAUGAAAUUAACAUGUUUUUUCACAGAGUUGAUUCGGAUCAAAUAAUAUAUGAGGAAAAAAAGAAAAAGUGUAAAUUUAUCGGUAAAUAUGUCAUGGGUGAUGUUCUUGGUGAAGGUAGUUAUGGAAAAGUGAAAGAAGUGCUAGAUUCGCAAACACUUUGCCGACGAGCAGUCAAAAUUCUAAAAAAAAGAAAACUUCGGAGGAUACCGAAUGGAGAACAGAAUGUUCAACGAGAAAUAAAAUUAUUAAGGCUAUUAAAACAUAAGAAUGUAAUAAAUCUCGUAGAUGUUUUAUAUAGUGACGAGAAAGAGAAAAUGUAUCUAGUUAUGGAAUUUUGUGUAUGUGGAUUACAGGAUAUGUUGGAAAGUAUACCAACCAAGAAGCUUCCUCUUUGGCAGGCACAUGAUUAUUUCUGUCAGUUGUUGGAUGGUUUAGAAUAUCUUUACAGCAAAGGAAUAGUUCACAAAGACAUAAAACCUGGAAAUUUGUUAUUAACUUUAGAUGAUACCUUAAAAAUUAGUGAUUUUGGUGUUGCAGAGGCAUUAGACAUGUUUUCCAAAGAUGAUACAUGCACGAUAGGUCAAGGAUCCCCAGCAUUUCAACCACCCGAAAUUGCAAAUGGCUGCGAAAGUUUCUCGGGUUUUAAAGUAGAUAUAUGGAGUAGUGGAGUUACAUUGUACAACAUAACAACAGGUGUAUAUCCUUUUGAAGGAGAUAAUAUAUAUAAAUUGUAUGAAAAUAUUGGAAGAGGGGAAUAUACUAUACCAAAAGAAAUAGAGGAACCAUUAAAAUCGCUUAUAGAAGGAAUGUUACAGAAAGAAGCAGAUAAGAGAUUUACAUUGCAACAGGUUAAGAGACACGCUUGGACCAUAUGCAAGCAUCCUAAAACACAGAAGGAAGUACCUCUACCUCCACUUAGAAGCAAUGGAUGCCACAGUAUGACUGUUUUGCCAUACUUGAUGGAGUACCAUUACGGAGUCGAUGACAAUCCUAUAUACUAUACAGAACAUCAGCUAAAUGAAGAACGAAGACUUCAAGAACUGGAUCGUAUUAGCGAGGAUAAAAAAGCCACGUGUAACAGCCAUCACAACAAAGCUAACACAAAUAAUCAAAACAAACGAAGAUGGCGCAAACCAAUUUCAUGUAUUAGUAUUAAGAGAUUUCCAUCCUGCAAACCAUCGUGAUUUUGCUAAUCAUGUCAAAUAUUUUUUGUUCAUAUUUCACUGGCCAGGCGCGUGCGCCAGUUGUAAAGUUUCUCCGUGGUGGAGACGACUGAAAAAGCUCGAAAAAUGCUGAGCAGUAUACGAGAUGUAUAUCCAGCUACAGCACUAAUAGAAUGUAAAGCUUUUGAGUCACUUCAAAAGUGUUGGAUAUAAACAUUUGUGAUAUUAAGAUUAAAUAUUGUAACGAAUAAUUCACAA